AUGCCUGUCGAAACCGCCUACGACCCCAAGGACAUGUUGUUCCGCCACCUGGGACCUACUGGUCUCAAGGUCAGUGUCUUCAGUCUUGGUGGCUGGUUGACAUACGGUGGAACACAAAAGGGAGAUAUUGUUAAGCAGAUCCUGCAAACAGCCUGGGAUCACGGUGUCAACACCUUUGACACUGCCGAGGUUUAUGCCAACGGUGAAUCUGAGAUUGAGAUGGGCCGAGCCCUCAAGGAGCUCAACUGGCCCCGAGACGAAUACGUCCUCACCACCAAGGUUUUCUUCGGAACAGGCCGCAAGGAGCCCAACACCCGUGGUCUCUCUCGCAAGCACGUUGUUGAGGGUCUCAAGAGCUCUCUCAAGCGAAUGGAGCAGCCUUAUGUCGAUGUUGUCUUCGCCCAUCGCCCCGAUUACGCUACUCCCAUGAAGGAGAUCGUUGAGGGAUUUACCCAGGUCAUUCGCAACCUGAACCUUGCCUACUACUGGGGUACCUCAGAGUGGAGCGCUGCUCAGAUUACCGAGGCUACUCAAAUCGCCGAGCGUUACAACCUCAUUGCUCCUGUUGUUGAGCAGCCCCAGUACAACGCUUUCCACCGUGAGCGUUUCGAGACCGAGUAUGCUCCCCUCUACGAUCAAUUCCAGUACGGAACCACCAUCUGGUCCCCUCUCGCCAGCGGUCUCCUCACUGGAAAGUACAACAACGGCAUCCCCGACGACUCUCGCUUCGCCACCAACAAGGCUUUCUUCGAGGGCACUGUCAAGGAGCUCCAGUCCGAAGCUGGAAAGGCCAAGAUCGAGAAGGUCAAGAAGAUGACCGAGAUUGCUGAGCGUCUCGGCGGCAACGUUGCCCAGCUCUCUCUUGCCUGGGCUCUCAAGAACCCCAACGUCAGCACCGUCAUUCUUGGCGCCACAAAGGUUGAGCAGCUUGAGGACAACUUCAAGGCGCUCGAAAUCUACAAGAAGAUUGAUGAUGGUGUUUUGGAGGAGAUUGAGAAGAUUCUCGACAACAAGCCCAAGGGUCCUGCCACUUACAACCGUGAGAGGACUCUGGACUGGAAGCCCUAA